UAGUGUUCUUCACGAUCAAAAUUCGAGCUUUAGUGAUUGAGUACAUGCCCACGCAUAGCAAGUUGAUACUCAAUCAUAGUGUGUAAGACUGUGAAAAAUCCAUUCAACUUAAGGAGAACCGGACUCAGAUCUUGAUGAUACUCUGCUACAGAAAGGAUACAAGAGUUAGAGAUCUGAGCGGAAGGAAUCAUUUAAUUCUGCUGCAACCAAUAUAAGGUUUCUGCUGCAACCAAUGUAAGGUUUCUUGAACUUUAUAUGUGCUUAAAUUCCAUUAUUUUAGAAAUUCAUAUUUAGGAUGCUAAACAACAUAAUAAAUCUAGAUUUGAUAAAAUAAUCCCCAACACUCUCUUCAAGAUGUGUUUCGAAAUAUUUUGGAUACCCUUGUGAAAAGUCUAGGACUUGCUUAAUUAGCUCUGCUCUGGUUUUGGAUGAAAUUUGGAAAUACAGAAACAAGAGGUUGUUUGUUUGGGAAAGUUGAGAAAGAGGCAAAUCAGGUGUUUGAAGCGGUUUGGGAGUGGUUCCACAAGUUCUUCGAGGUUACUCUUGAUCCUCCGGGCCUUCAUCGACUUGAAGUUUCUAGCUCCUUUGUGUUGGGGAAAUACUGUAUGGUGGAUGGCUCUGAUAAGGAUGGGGCCUUUGGAGUUACAGCUGCCAGAAGUAGUGGCUGAAAUCGGAAAAGGGAUGAGAUUUUCUGCCCUUAAUGAUAUUGACAUUUUUUUCUGAUUGCCAGAUUGCAAUCAGUGCUCUUAACAGAAAAUGUCCCCCUAAUUGGUAGCUACUUGGUCUGUUUACGGAUAUUAUUAAUUUAAGUCUUUUGUUUUUUUUGUUGGUUGUAAUUUCAGGUUUGUAAAAAGAGAGUUUAUCUCUUUGGUUGAUGACUUAGCCUAGCCUAUAAGACCAGAGUUGGUUGUAAUGGUGACUUAGCCUUCCGUGAUUGUGAUUGGGGAGGGAUUUUCCCUUUUGAUUCCCUCUUCCUUUCUCUAGUUCUAUGAAAUUGUUCUUUCAAAAAUAAUAAUAAUAAUAAAAUAACUAAUUCCGGUUUGGUGUCAAAAUGGAUUACAUUAAUCUGGAAGCAGCCAACAGUAAAAUAUUGGUAGAAAUUAAUUAGAAUAGUGUUAAAAGUAAGAAUUUUUAGUUUUUAGUUUUACUGGGAUGAGAAUGUCGUUAAUGGAAUCUCCACAAGAAAAUGAGAAUGGGGAGAAUCUCCACUAUGGGCGGAUCGAUAAUGUCCAAACUAGAUUAGAAUCUCUCUCUAAUCUAACGAUAUCUUAAGGGUAUUUUCGUAACUUCAUCACACGUUCUCAACACGUACUCGUACAUCUCCCUCGGUAUUAUUCACCGUGUUUGAUGCACAAGCAAAUCCCGCCCUUUUCUUUUCUUUUUCUUUUCUUCUUUCCGCUCUCCUUUUCCUUUUUCAAUUUCUUCCUAUACACCUAUACGUACACACACAUAUAUAUUCCCUUUUCUAAUUCGAAUUCUUUUCCGAUUUUUAUUUCCAUUCUUUCAAUCGUUUCGGCACUUUCUCACUUGCUCCACCGCCAUUCUCGAAGCUUCCGAUCAAAAGCUUCAGAUCCAGACCUAAGGUUAUGGUGUCUGAUUUCAUCAAGCUUAUCUUCUUGAAGGCACAUGAGCCUUAAAACUAAAACAUUCUAAAGGAAAUGACAGAUGGGAUGUCAGUCAUAUGGUUUCUGAUGAGAUCCGAGGUUUAUGGUCCAUAUUUUCUUGGAUGGCUGGUCACUGGAUCAUUUGGGCUUUUAGUCAUCGUCUUUGCAUUUCUUAAAUGGCAGAGAAGAGCGUCUCUUAAUUGGGUUAAAGCUGCUGCAAGAGCUAAGAAGCAAGUUUGGAAGAAGCUUAAAGUUCCUUUUUCACAUCAUGUAUGGAUUGAAGAUUAUACAUACGAUGAGCAGCCAUCCACAUGCUGUGUUUGCUUGUCUUCCCUUGUGUCCCCACAAAACCUAGGUACAAAAGCCCUAUCAAUCACUCCUGUCCAUCGUUGCUCUGUUUGUGGUGUGGCUGCCCAUUUCUAUUGUUCUCCGUCGGCAGUGAAGGACUGUAAGUGUGUGGCACAAGCUGGUUUUAGUCAUGUUCAACAUCAAUGGUCGGAAAGAUGGGUUAAUGUGGAUGAUAAUCCUGAAAUGUCUGCUUUCUGUUUUCACUGUGAUGAACCAUGUGGUGUACCUUUUCUUGAUGCUUCUCCAACCUGGCAUUGUUUAUGGUGUCAACGUCUCAUACAUGUGAAAUGUUACACUAAAAUGUCAAAAGAAUCCGGUAACGUCUGUGAUUUGGGGCCUCUUAGAAGGAUAAUUCUUUCCCCUCUCUGUGUGAAAGAAAUUGAUAGCUACAGUAAAAGUGGUUUGCCAAGCUCUGCCAGUGAGGAUUCUCUAGCCUCUUCUCUAUAUGGUCAGUUUAGAAGAAGGCAACACCGUGCUAAACAUGUAGGCGGUCACUCAGUUAAUAAUGUUAAGCUACAGGAUGCCUUUACUAAUGGUACAGCUCUGGAAUAUUUGAUCAAUGGGAUUGGUGGUCUAAAGAAGUCACGUAGUGAGAAAAAUAUUAACAGCACAAAGAAGGAUGGGAAGAUACACAAUACCAAGGGUAUUCGUAACGGAUUAACGAUGAAAAAGAAUUAUGGAUUUACUAGCCAGAUAAAGAAGUAUACACUGGUUGAUUUACCUCAGGAUGCUAGACCUCUUUUGGUUUUUAUUAAUUCCAGGAGUGGUGGUCAACAUGGGUCUUCUCUAAGGAGGAGACUGAAUGUAUUGUUGAAUCCUGUGCAGGUUUUUGAACUGAGUUCUUCUCAUGGACCUGAGAUUGGUUUGGAGUUGUUUAGGAAUGUACAGUAUUUUAGAGUUCUAGUCUGCGGUGGAGAUGGCACUGUUGCAUGGGUCCUUGAUGCAAUUGAAAAGCACAAUUUUGAGUCACCUCCACCUGUUUCUAUUCUUCCACUUGGAACAGGAAAUGAUUUGUCUAGAGUUCUGCAUUGGGGAGGGGGAUUUUCUAUGAUUGAUGCACAUGGUGGCUUAUCCAUGCUUUUGCACGACAUCUGCAAUGCAGCUGUUACAAUGCUAGAUCGCUGGAAAGUAAAUAUUAGGGAAGAAAGUACAGAUGGUGAACCAAAUAAAGUGCAGUCCAAGUUCAUGAUGAACUAUUUAGGUAUUGGUUGUGAUGCAAAGGUUGCAUAUGAAUUUCAUAUGACUCGGGAAAUAAAUCCUGAGAAGUUUUGUAGCCAGUUUGUAAAUAAAUUAAGAUAUGCGAAAGAAGGUGCAAGGGAUAUAAUGGACAGAACUUGUGCUGACUUACCAUGGCAAGUUUGGCUUGAAGUUGAUGGGAAAGACAUUGAUAUUCCAAAGGAUUCAGAGGGUUUAAUUGUGCUCAAUAUUGGCAGCUACAUGGGCGGCGUAGAUCUUUGGCAGAAUGACUUUGAGCACGAUGAUGAUUUUAGUCUUCAGUCCAUGCAUGAUAAAGUGCUUGAGGUUGUAUGUGUUUGUGGUGCAUGGCACCUCGGCAAACUUCAGGUUGGUCUUUCACACGCUAGAAGGCUAGCCCAAGGGAAAGUCAUAAGAAUUCAUGCUUCCAGUCCGUUCCCAGUUCAAAUAGAUGGUGAACCAUUUAUACAACAACCUGGAUGUCUAGAAAUAACACAUCAUGGGCAGGUAUUCAUGUUGAGGAGGCCCUCAGAGGAGCCGCGAGGGCAUGCGGCUGCAAUUAUGACAGAGGUUUUAUUAGAUGCCGAGAGCAAAGGCAUCAUUAAUGCAUCUCAGAAAAUAACUCUUCUUCAGCAAAUAGCCCUAAAUCUCUCAUAAUAUAUUUUUUUUUGUUAAUAAUUCUUUUCCGGAGAUAUAGUCAUCACCCGUCCACAUACAUACGUGUCCAGACAACAACGGAUAGGUUCUUUCACUCACAGAGCACUUGUUUAGUCCAAACCAAAACUCAGCUGUUCCACGCUUACACUCCCACACUUGUUCCUCGCUGCUUUUAUAGCACAUACGAUUUUUUGACCAACAGUAUAGCGUUACAUACACAAUAGGUGCCAUUUUUGUUACUGGGUUUGAUUUGUUUUUUUUUUGUUUGUGUUUUUGCUUUUUCCAUCUGUAUAAGACAACAAUUGCUACAUACAAAAUAGAAAAUAUAUGCAAGAGUUAUAAUUUUUGGUUUUGCUGUACAA